AUGGUUUUUGGCUCGUGCUUAGGAUCUGCGGCAGUAAGAACUCUUCGACCUGUUGGAUUUCAUAUAUAUUUUCAAAGGUACCUGCUUGCGUCAUCCAAAUCAGCAGCAGUAUCCGUCCCAGUCAGUCAGACAACAACUCAGGCCGCAUCAGUUGUUGGUCGAUGGCUCUUGGGUCUUUCUGGCAUGACUUUUGGUGCUAUUUUGCUUGGUGGAGUUACAAGAUUGACCGAGUCUGGACUCUCAAUGGUUGACUGGCAUCCGUUUAAGGAGGUACCUCCUUUCAGUGAAGAACAUUGGCGACUAGAAUUCGAAAAAUACAAGAAGUUUCCAGAACAUGAACAUUAUGUAAAGGAGCGUGGUGAAAUGUCGAUCACUCAAUUCAAAUUUAUAUGGUAUAUGGAAUUUAUUCACCGAAUGUGGGGUCGGACGAUCGGUGCUGCUUUUGUUUUUCCAGCAAUCUAUUUUUUCUACAGAGGUUAUUUCUCUUCCGUCAUGAAAUCUCGUGUUUUUAUUUAUGGGGGACUAAUUGGAUUUCAGGGUGUUUUGGGCUGGCUUAUGGUACGCAGUGGUCUCAAAGAACCUAGACGACCGGCAGGUCUUCCACCAAAUGAGAAUUAUAUUGGUGUUCCGCGUGUGGAUCAUUAUUGGCUUUGUGCUCACUUGAUUUCAGCGAUUAUUCUAUAUUCAUUACUUCUAUGGGGUAGCUUUAACCAUUUAGCUUCCCAUUCUUUAGUUAAACCAUUCAGCGGCGUCAAACGACUUAAAGCAUAUGGUCAUAUGGGUAAAGCUCUAACGUUUACAACCAUAAUUUAUGGUGCUUUUGUGGCUGGUCUUGAUGCAGGAUUAAUCUAUAAUUCAUGGCCAAAAAUGGCUGAUAAGUGGAUUCCUGAUGAUUUAAUUGUAUCUCGAUAUGGUUCUACUGUGAGGAACUUUUUGGACAAUCCAACUACAGUUCAAUUUACUCAUCGAAUGCUAGCUUAUACAACAGUUUUAACCACAGGUUUAUUAUGGGCAAAUGUCAUGCGUUUAGGUGUAGCAUGUACAGGACCACGUAUUAGGAAUGCUGCACACUUGGUUUUUGGUGCUGUGUUAGGACAAUCAGUACUUGGCAUAACAACUUUAUUAUGUUAUGUACCAGCUUCAUUGGGAUCAUUGCAUCAAUGCGGUGGUGUUGUUUUACUUUCAUCCUUACUCUGGUUUACGCAUUGUUUACGUGCUGUUCCAAAAUAA